GGGGGGACAGAGAAAGAAAGUAGAGAAAGAUCAGGGACAAAGGGUGGAACAAACCCACACACAUAGACAACCAGUGAAAGAGGCACACACACACACACACAGAGAACAUUAGUUCGGGAGUGACGAUAUCAGCAACUUGCAGAUUGCCCCUCUGCCCGGUGAAGUGUAAGUGUGCUUGUAACACAUUUCAAAGUGUGGCACAGAAUGCGCCUGGAAUUCAGCUGGAUGUUUGGACUCCUCGCUCUGCUGGCAAUCCUUCUCGUCCUGGCGGAUAUUUCCGAAGUGGAGAUAGAAUUCGGAUUUACAGAAGGAAAGAGAAUCAUGAAGGCAUCCAAAGAAGCUCUACAGGACAAGUGUUUCAGGGGGGAUGUGAUCACAGAUGUUUCAUCCCACACGCCCCAGCAGAAGGCUGGGAAUAAGGAGAUCAUGGGACCACGAGCAAGUCACCCUGAAGUACCCGACUGGAAACUUAAUGCCACGCUAACAGCAAGGAUACGGAAAGACAUUCUGAGGUUUCUGGAUGCAGAGAAGGACAUUUCAGUGCUGAAAGGCAGGCUGAAGCCGGGGGAUAUCAUCCAUUAUAUUGUUGACAGGGACAGGACUCUGAAUAUAUCCUACAGCCUGUACAAGCUAUUACCAAAAAUAUCACCAAUGAAAAAUAAACACUUCAAACAAUGCGCAAUUGUUGGGAAUUCUGGAAUUCUGCUCAACAGUGGCUGUGGACAAGAGAUUGAUGCUCAUGAAUUUGUGAUAAGGUGUAAUCUUGCCCCAGUUGAAGAGUAUGCGCAGGACGUCGGACUGAAGACUGAUUUGGUGACUAUGAAUCCUUCUGUGGUUCAGCGUGCAUUUGAGGAUCUGAAGAAUGAGACGUGGAAGGAGAAACUACUGCACCGGUUAAAGAUGCUGGACGGCGCCAUUCUCUGGAUUCCAGCGUUUAUGGCCAAAGGGGGAGAAGAGCGUGUAGAGUGGGUGAACAACCUCAUCAUAGAGCACAAAAUCCACGUUCAGACAGCCUAUCCAUCACUAAGGCUUCUACAUGCAGUACGGGGGUACUGGCUGACUAACAAGGUCCUGAUUAAACGCCCCACUACUGGACUCUUGAUGUACACACUUGCCACUCGAUUCUGCGAUGAAAUCCACCUUUAUGGUUUUUGGCCUUUUUUUAAGGACCAAAAGGGAAAUACAGUGAAGUAUCACUACUACGACAGUCUGACCUAUGAGUAUAACUCACGGGCUACUCCGCACACAAUGCCACUGGAGUUCAAGACACUGAAAAGCAUGCACCUGCAGGGUGCAUUGAAGCUAAACGUUGGAGCGUGCAAGUUGGCAACACAGGGUUAGAAGGGAGUCUAGGGAAGAGGGAGACUCUCCACCACUAACACUGUGGGAUGAAUGGGAAGAUGGAUGAAUCCAGGUUAUCCUCACGUCGAGGGAAUUGGCCACUGAGAGGACAGACUCAUGUGGACGAGGCGUCGGUGCUCUGAAUGCAUGAGCAUUCGAAACGGGAGUCAAACCUUUUGUAUGAGGAGGGGAGCAGCAACACGGAGAGACCUCCACAGCGCGAUUGGGCUUUUGCGAGAUGCGGCACAGGCCCUCUCUGUCAGGAGAGAUCUCGCUUCUUACGGAGCUGGGUCCCAGCAUCAGAAACUUAAGCUCUUAAGUUUUGAUCAAAUUACGUUUUUCAGUUAAACUUGUGACAGAUUUUGAAUAAACACAGGAAACAUUAUUACUCACCCAAAAUGAUUUAAGAAUUUGUAACAACAGAAAGGCACUUUAAUUGGAAUUUCUGCUGGAGAGAUUGUCUGCCUGUUUCUCUAACUUCAGUGGUCACCUGAAGGUAAUGUCACCAAACUAGAAGAGUGAACAGAGUAAUAGAAAAUCGGAUUAACUGAGUGAGAAUAAUUCAAAUGAGAGAUCUAAAAUCACGAGAUUUAAUCAAGCAGUUGGUGUGCAGUUUCAAGCUGUCAUGGAAUCUGUAAUGGACUAUCACCACAGUUUGCUAGUCUCUGUUGUAAUUCAGGGGCCACAGUUCUGUACGGUACAACCCAGAGUCAACUUCUCCUCUAUUAUGUCUGCAAUUUUGCUCAUUAAAAUUACAAUUGUUAUACAGAAUCUAGAAUUCCCCACAAAAUGCUGCCUAAAACUUGGAAUGCAGGGUCUUUGAAUUCCCUGUAAUAUUGUAUUGCAAUUGAAUACAAUGCAGAAUCAGUGAUUCCCCAGAAUUCUGAUCUGUAAUUCCCAAGGCUCUGUGAUUUCCCCAUAAUGCAGGGUUUGCUUUUCCCCAUUUAUAUAGUCUGUGAUACACAUCAAUACAGAAGCAGUGAUUCAAGCCAAUUAAAGGUGUACACUUCACUAUAAUACUGCGUGCACAGUGCUCUGCAAUAAGAGU